AUGGCCUCUAAAGAUUCACAGAAUCAAAAGCCUGGAAGUCUGCCUGGAUUUCUUCCUGGAGCCACAAACCCAGAUCAACCCUCUCGAACAGCUUCUUCCCAUCCCAGGAAACAAGCAAGACAGCAACCUGAUGAACCUCAGCCAAGUAGUUUCCUGCCAACAGUCAGUCUCCCCCCUGGUCUAGAAUAUUUAAGCCAGUUGGACCUGAUAAUCAUCCAUCAGCAAGUGGAACUUCUUGGGAUGAUUCUCGGCACUGAGACCUCCAACAAAUAUGAGAUCAAAAACAGCUUGGGACAAAGAAUUUACUUUGCGGUGGAGGAAAGCAUCUGUUUUAAUCGUAAUGUGUGUUCCACACUGAGAGCCUGCACCCUGAGGAUCACAGACAACUCGGGUCGAGAGGUGAUUACAGUGAACAGGCCCCUAAGGUGUAACAGCUGCUGGUGCCCUUGCUACCUACAAGAGCUAGAAAUCCAAGCUCCUCCUGGUACUAUAGUUGGUUAUGUCGCACAAAAGUGGGACCCCUUUCAACCCAAAUUCACAAUCCAAAAUGCAAACAAAGAAGAUAUUUUGAAAAUUGUUGGUCCCUGUGCAACAUGUGGCUGUUUUGGCGAUGUGGACUUUGAGGUGAAAACUGUUGAUGAAAAGUUUAUAAUUGGGAAGAUUUCCAAGUACUGGUCCGGAUUUGUCAAUGAUGUAUUCACCAAUGCGGACAACUUUGGGAUACAUGUUUCUGCAGACCUCGAUGUGACACUCAAAGCAGCAAUGAUUGGUGCUUGCUUUCUCUUUGAUUUUAUGUUCUUUGAACAUUCACUUGCUGGAUUAUAA